AGUAUUAACUGCAUUUCCUGCAUUAUUAUUAAAUAGAUUAAGAGGAGUAAACUUUCCUGACAUCUUUCCUGCUAAUACAUUAGUUUUCAUAGCAUCAUUAAAGACUGCCACUCCUAAUGAAUCACCAUAA